AUGUUAAGAUCGCCCGCAGAUAAACAAAACAAUACUUAUGGAUCGGCUCCAACCCUACUCCAAAAUAAAGACGGCUGCAAUUCACCCGAUAAUAGCAUAUUACGAUCUACAAAAAGACGCCGUUGCGAAUGCGAUUGUGCAUCUACACCAGAUUCUAAGUUAGACGUUUUUAUAAAUUCACUAACUUCCUGGAAACAUGAGACGGAUAUCAAAUUGUCGGGUAUUAUGGAGUCAAUAAACGAAAUAAAACAACUCAGCUCGGACCUACUGGCGUCUAACUCGGAAAUCGAGAAGUCCAUCGAGUUUUUAUCCUGUAAAUAUGAUGAGAUUUGCGGAGAAAUUAAAAAUGUACACUCGCAAAACAUGAUUUAUGGUGACCGCCUAUCGAAAUUAGAGAACACUACAGAAGAGAUCGAACGCUUCUCCCGCUCCAGUUCAAUUGAAAUCCGCAACCUGCCUAUCAAGCUGCCAUUAUCUCAAGACGAUCAAGUAGUAAUUGCCUGUCGCAUCUUCUCGGAGUUGUCUACCAAAGUCCAGACUUCUGACAUUUAUGACAUCCGUUGUCUCCCCUCCAAGCAAGAUACUAAGACCGUACUUGUAACCCUUAACUCUGUCAUCUUAAAAAACCAAAUCUUGAAGGCCUUCAAGGAAUACAAUAAGAAGAACUCGGGCGGUAAGUUGAACGCAAAGGUUUUAGCUCCUGAAUAUCCUGGCCAACUGAUAUAUGUCUCUGAAAAUCUGACAGCCCGUACCCGCAGGCUCUUUUAUCUGGCCCGCGAGUUUGCGAAAGCCGAAAACUUCAAACAUUGUUGGACAGCAAAUUGCAGGGUUCUUCUCCGCAAAGAAGACAAUGGCAAACUCAUUGUCCUUACCAGUGAAUCUCAACUAUCUAACCUAAAGUCAAAAAACUGA